GUGUCACGUUUCAUUGAGUCCUGAGCGGAAGGCUCCUCCUCGCCAGUAUAAAGUCUCUCAGAGGCAGAUUGUCCGGGAGAUUAUCGGAGGCGACACGGACGAGUUUGCCGUCGAACUUUGCCGCCGAAACUACACACGAAUUGAAGAUGAGCAGCGAUACGGCAGUCGACAUGAAAGAGGUCGAGCUGAACGAGCUGGACCCUGAGAAGCAGCCGAUGACUGGCGAUGGUCAGCCGACCGGCGGCGAGAAGAACGGCAGCGUGAAAGUCAAGGUCCCUGAAGAUGAGGUGGCUUUUACUGGUUUGUCAAAGGAGGAGCUGAUGAGGGUGGCUGGCACACCGGGAUGGGUGCGGACCCGCUGGCUGCUGCUGGUGCUUUUCUGGUUAGGCUGGAUUGGGAUGCUCGCCGGCGCCAUCGCCAUCAUUGUCCAAGCUCCUCGCUGCAAACCUUUGCCUAAGAUGAAAUGGUGGAACGAGGGACCACUGUACCAGAUUUCCGAUGCCAAGGCCUUCUCUGAUGGACUGGAUGGUGUGGAGUCAAAGUUGGACAGCCUGAACCAGCUUAAGGUCAAAGGUCUUGUGCUCGGACCUUUUCACACUGUCCAAAAAGACCAACCGCACACACUGGACCUAAAGACGAUCGACCCCACUGAGGGCACACAGGAGAACCUGAUGGCUGUAGUGCAGAAGGCUCAUAAGAAGGGAAUGUCUGUCGUUCUGGAUCUGACCCCCAACUAUGAGGGAUCGGCUCCAUGGUUCACUUCUGGAGACAUGGAAAAUGUGAUGGAGAAAGUGAAGGAAGCUGCAGAUUACUGGCUGGGUCUGGGCAUUGAUGGCAUAAAACUCCAAAAUCUUGAAGUGGCCUCUGGAGCUGGUGAUUGGUCCCAGCUUCUGAUGGCUGUCCAUGGCAACGACACUGAAGAGUCUGACAAGCUCCUGAUGGCAGUGUUGAAGGGCGUGUCACCUGGGCAGGCAUCCCAUCUGGUCAACACUUCUGGAGCUGAUCUGGUUCUGUCAGACCUGCUGCAAACCCAGACCAGUGGUGUGGAACGCAUUAAGGCCCUGGAUGUCCUGCAUGCCAACCAGAGGAGUAUUGCUUGGGGUGUGGGCGCUGCCACGCAGGAUCAGUUGGCCAUCCCUCAGGGUCUGAUUCGCCUCUACCAGUUGCUUCUCUUCACCCUGCCUGGAACGCCAGUGUUUACUUAUGGAGAUGAAAUCGGACUCCAGAAACAGGGUCCAGAAUCCCCCAAGAUGCCAUGGAACUUGGAGAAGGCGCCUGAAGAAGGAACGAGCAAUGCAACUGCUGAAGCACAGCGUGAGGCCUAUGUAUCUACUAAGAAGUGGUUCAAAUCGCUGAGUGACUUGCGAGGAAAGGAGCGUUCCCUCCUUCACGGAGACUAUUACUCUCUCUACUCUGGCCCCUCUUCCCUGGCAUUCCUCCGUUUGUGGGACCAGAGUGGGCGGUACAUAACUGCAGCCAACUGGGGCGACACGGACGCCCCCAUCAAGUUUACAGCUUUGCCUGGUGUGGAACUUCCUGAGUCUGCCACAGUGGUCCUGUCCACCGACCCGACACAGAAGGAGGGCACCCCGGUCCAGCUGGAUGAGCUCACUCUGCCUGCCCAACAGGCCGUCCUUCUGAAGUUCCCAUACGUCGCCUGAGCCAGGGCAGCGCUGCAGAGCUCUGCUGAUAGUCAAGUCAAAUGUUUUCGUUUUACUUAAAACUUUUAGAUUUUGACUCUGAAUUCGAGAUUUUAGCAUACAUUCCAACUUUUUAAAUUUUUGUUUUUGCUUUGUUCUCUUACUGAGCUGUAAAAAAAAAAAAGCGAGUGCUUGUAAAAGAGAAUAAAACGGGGUUCUGCGUACAA